AUGGGGACUCGGGGAAGAGGGUGGCAACGUGCGGGACUGGAGGCGGGGGCGCCGAGGCUCCCGCACCACCUGCUGCCAGGUGCGGCUCCAAGGAAGACGAAUUUAGCACCGCUGCGUCCCGGGAGCAUCCGAGGCUUUGCGCUGCAAAUCCAGUGUUAUCAGUGUGAAGAGUUCCAGCUGAACAACGACUGCUCCUCCCCCGAGUUUAUAGUGAAUUGCACGGUGAAUGUUCAAGACAUGUGUCAGAAAGAAGUGAUGGAGCAAAGUGCGGGGAUCAUGUACCGCAAGUCGUGCGCAUCCUCUGCAGCCUGCCUCAUCGCCUCCGCCGGGUACCAGUCCUUCUGCUCCCCUGGGAAACUGAACUCAGUGUGCAUCAGCUGCUGCAACACCCCUCUUUGCAAUGGGCCCCGGCCCAAGAAACGAAGCAGUUCUGCCUUGGCCCUGCAGCCGGGGCUCCCCACCACCAUCCUGCUCCUGAAAUUCGCCCUCCUCUUGGCUCAUUGCUGAAGUUGGAGAUGCUCACCCUUCCUGCACUGUCCUUCAGGCCCUGGCUCCCCAAGCUUCUCCUGGGUGUCCUUGUGGGUUGGGAGGGGAGUAUAUUCAUUCUUUCAGUAACUUUGCAAAUGAAAGAGCUCAGUGUAAAACGGUUUUUGUAAGCUCUGAAUAAAUUCAGUCUGACUUUUCAGUGUGUACUUAAAGGAAGGGAAGGGGUGAGCCCAGGACUGUCCCCUCUCACCUGAGGCAAGGUCAGGCUGGCAGAAUCAGCCCCAAGAAGGCCCUUAAGCAUCCAUUUCCUUUCAUUGCCCCUCACUUCCACUCCUGUCCCUCAUAGGGGCAUAGUUUAUUUUGUCACUGUGUGUGUCAGGAUCCUGUUGCUUUCGGUGGGGGGAGCUGGGCAGCCCUCAAGGCUUCCAUACUUGACCUUCAUACUUCGUGCUCCUGAAAACCAUUCCCUGCGGCAGCGUGGGGUGGUUUCACCUCCAAGUUGGGCUCCGCUGCCUCAAGACUCAAGGGCUGGGGCUUCGCCUCAUUCUGGAAUGUACUCAAGACUACCUUGCUGGGUCUCGCAGAGGCACUGGACCGGGAAGCGAGGAAGACGAGCGGGCGGCGCGCUGAGCGGGUGCUGGCAGCGGCGGAGGCGCGCAGGUGCUUGCUGUGGUUGGCAUGCGGCAGGCUCAGGCGGCAGCGCAGCACCUGCCCAAACACCCUGCGGAACUGCUGCGACGACACGUUGUACAGGAGCGGGUUGAUGACCGAGCUCAGGUAGAAGAAGGUGUCGGAGAAGGGGAGGAGGAUCAUGUACGCCCGGAAGUAGGACUUGGUCCAGUCGUGCUUGGGUUUGGCCGCAGCCAUAAUCCUCCGCACUUGGUUAGGCAUCCAGCAGACCGCCAAGGUCACCACAAUGAGCCCUGAGCAGCCAAAACGAGAGGCCAAAACAAACAGCAUGAGAACACCACACACAGACACAAAAUAUUUAGCGCUCCAGCUCUGUGCUUACUGGCCAGGAAAAGCUACCAUUUUUUCUGUUUCACCAUUUCUUUUGCCACUAGCAGCAAAGAUUCAAACAGUGUUUCAAGGCUGGGGGAGUUGACUGUGUUACAGACCAUUAAAUGCUUUUGACUCUUGACGCAUAUCUUUUGAUGGCUGUUAAUUUUUAAAAAGUUUUCAUUGUUGUAUGAGGAAACAGAUGUAUGCGCUAUGUCCUAGCAGGUGAAACACUUUGUAUUUUAAAGAACGUCCACCUAAAGACGACCCAGUGAUAUUCCAAGACAAAUGGAAAUGGCGUCCCUUGUAACAAAGAAGCAUAUUUAGUAACACUGAUUUUGCCUUCAAUUUCAAGGGACACAAAACCGGGAAUACUAGCCUGUCACUGAGAGUUGUUUUUGAACCUAUGUCUACUAUGUGAGCUCAUCUGCAAUGCUCAUGCUCCUACCUGCAACAGCACCCUGUUUAUUUUCAGAUAUUUUUAGUUAUGCAAUCUCUUCACCCUCAUGGCGGGGGGAACAAUGAAACUAAAAAACCCCAUUAAAGUUUAGCCAGUAGUGUGCUCAUUGCCUGUGGCACUGAGCUACAGGCAAUGGCAAUGGCCUCCAAAACGACCCUGUCCUAAAGGGACACCACUCAGUGACUCUGUAAGCAGAUCAAAACUUGACUGAACGGACAUGUUUGCAUGCCCGUGUGUUUACUGUCCAACUUACAUCAUCAUCUCUAUUUCUGUGACCUCUGAUGGAGCAAAGGAGCAUUUAUCUACUGUGACACUCAAAACAUCCAAGAGAAGGAAGAUCAGGAAUCUGCAGAUAAUGCUCUUUGCUCUGAAGCCAAGACCCUAGAUAGUAAGUUCCUGGGUGGAGAGCUGGAAUCUUAAAGCUGUGUUUUGGAUUGUCAGAACUACUUCCUCCCUUUCCUAAAUUUGAUUGUUAUAAUAAGGAAAAUUCAUUCAUAUUUUGAACCUUUGUAUUUUCUAGGAAACCACAGAGAAGCGAUGGUUGGCAGUAAUCCCUUCUGCCUCUGCUCCAUGGUAAAUAUCUCAUUCAUAAAUGCUCCAGGAAAACCAGCCAUGUCUAAUGGCCAGGGUGCGCGCUCCCCCCUACACUCCCCUGAGCAUGCCUUCCCUGGUGGCUGAGCGGCCCCGGGUGUGCGCUCUGCCCCUCAGCCCAGUCCCCUGAACAAAUCCUCCACACACCCCAGAAGGUCCUGGAAACUCUGCUCCCCUGAUCAUUUCUAAGGGUUUCUCUUGUCAAACCUCAGACCACACUGGAAACACAAACUCACUUGCUAAUUUCUUCCCUUUGUGUAUGCUUCCCUUGAGAACACUCUGUAAAUCUAAAAAUAAAAUGAGCAAAGUAA